GGAACAGGGAACAGGGCCCGUGUUAACUUUUAGCACGGAAAAUACAGUUCCACGUUCCACCAUGGGCUGUAGAGCGCGCAGCAACGUAUCCAUGUCAAGUUGGGUCGCUUUGACGACGGGUCUGAGCCUUUGAGGUGCUUUGAGGCGUCAUAAAAUAACAUAAAACGACGAGAAAUAUACUCAAUCCAUAACCUUGGUUACAGAAUUCUUUCGAAAUGUCUAAGAUUACGGGUUAUGAUUCUCAUAGUGAUGGCCCAGGUUUCGUUGGUAUACGAUUUUGUCAAGAGUGUAACAACAUGUUAUACCCCAGAGAGGAUAAGGAAAACAAAGUACUCAUGUACUCGUGCCGAAAUUGUGAUUUUAAACAACUAGCCGACAGCAAUUGCAUCUAUGUGAAUAAAAUUAUGCACGAAAUUGACGAAUUGACACACAUUGUAGCAGAUGUCAUAUCAGAUCCAACAUUGCCAAGAACAGAAGAUCAUCCUUGUCCCAAAUGCAAUCAUCGAGAAUCAGUAUUCUUUCAAGCACAGACACGAAGAGCUGAGGAGGAAAUGAGAUUAUAUUAUGUCUGUACAAACCCGCUUUGUUGUCACAGAUGGACGGAAUAAGCGCAUAGAAUCUAAAAAUAUUUUAUUUCUACAGUCUACACUAGCUAAGCUACUUUGAGCAAAUAAACGUUUAUGGAGUAAAAAAUUGCACAAUCAUCAUUCCACAAAAAUGCAUAUAUUUGCAAAUUGUACCAUAAAAAAUUUAGUAAACAUAAAGAUUUGAAAAUACAUCAACCACUAUUUCGUACUAUGUAUUCGUUUCGAAAAAACUUUCAUAAAAAAAUACACACACAUUUGUUAAUUAAGCAUAAACACAGUGAUUUUAUUAACUCUCAAUUCAGGUGCUUCGCAAUAGUCGUAUUGGAAAGGAUAAUUUCUGUAUUAAUGGAUUUCAACUUAUGCUUAGUUGCAAGUGACGAGGCGUGCUUAUAAUAUAAUUUAUGGAUAAGUAUAAAUAUUUAGAAAUAGAAAAAUAUGCCUUGUAUAAAGUUCAGAGAUUUAUUAAAAAUUUGUCCCAAAUCUAA